AUGGUCGUCAGACUGCGUCUGAGCCGAAAAGGCACUCGUAACAGCCCAUUCUACCAUGUCGUAGCAAUCAACGAUAGCAAGCCAAGAGAUGCCCGACCUAUCGAAAAGCUUGGCGAAUACGAUCCUAUCCCCCGACCUGCUCCUUCUGGACGUCUACCAACCCCUUUCAUCGGAAAAAGCACCGCAAGAAGCAAGGAGAAAGCCGCACCUGGUCAUGGAGCAGUAAUGACAUCUGGUCUCGCCCCAACAGCACAAGGGGGACAGCCGAAGCUGCAAAAGCGACUAGAGUGGAACGAAGAGAGGAUUCGACAUUGGUUGAAGCUGGGUGCUCAACCCUCAAAGCCUGUUGCUAGAAUGUUGGAUAGGGCUGGCUUGGUCCCUCCCGGUGUACACUAUAAGGGCAUUUACCGUCCUCCACCCGCUGAGCUUCGACAGUUCCCGGCAUCAUCAAAAACAGCAGCACCAGCAAAGAAAGGCGACUCAACAUUGUCCUAG